AUGCCGGGGAUCGAACCCGGGGCCUCUCGCAUGCGAAGCGAGCGCUCUACCACUGAGCUACAUCCCCACGGCGCGACGGCGUUGCUCUCUCCCCUUCACACAUUACAUUCCGCUCAUGAUAUGCCUAUCGGCUCACAAACCCGAGUGGCGUGCAUGGGUGACACGCAUGGCACCAAUGAACUACUGGCGCCUUCACACCCGCCUAAAACGGCUUUGUUAAGUGUUAUACUCCCCCUUUCCACCCCUUCACCCUCCUACCGACCCCUAAACCCACUAUCAUCUCUCAAUCCUCGCCUAACUAUACCCCACCAGCACCCAUUAAUUCCUCACGUUCCACCCCACAUUCUACCUCCACACCUGCAUUUACCAGUUCAAGGUCGGUACGCUGUCGCACCUCCUCCACAAAAGCUCAUGAGCGACACAGAGUCUGAGGUGGUAAUUGUAUAG